ACAUUGAGGUUAUGUUUGUUAUUGAUUUAAUUUUGUAAUUGUAAAUCUGAAAUCUUUAACGAAAUAACUAUUUAUAUCCAUCAGACAAUAUUAAAUACAGUUAAUAUGUCAGAUAUGGAGGAACCACCAAUGAAAGUAUUAAAAAUGGAUGUAGCACCAUCGUCUCUGGACUCGACCAUGGAGGGUCAGGAGGAGGGGCAGGAGGAGUGGCUGAGUGAGGGGGUCCUCACGGAUGAUGAUUAUAUGGCGGCUAAUUCAAGCCAAGAGCAACAACCGGAUGUCAACACCACUGCUGAGUCGUCUCAAAACCUGGAUCCAGAAUCCGUACAGCCGGAGUCACAUGAAGCAAACAUUACUAUGGAACAGAACAUUGAAGAAACACUUAACAACAUGGAGACUAGUAAGCCAAGUCAAGAGCCCGACGCUAAAGAGCCAGAGAGCCAAGAGCCGCAUGAAGAGCUGGAAACUGCCAUGCAGCAAGACAUAGAAGACACAUUGAACAAUUUUGAAAGAGUCGCUACUUCUAAGGAUGAGUUCAACGAUCUGCUGAAGAAGGACCCCAAAGAGAGCGAGCCCUCGCACUCGGAGCACAGCGAUGACGGCCACAACACAGAUGAGCUGUUGCGCAUGCUGGGCGAAGACGACGGGAAGAAGAAAAAAGUGUUGACAACCAUUCGCGAAAAGAACGCGCGCCGCGCCGCACGCUCUAGCGAAGACGACUACUUUCUAGAGGGUGCGAAAGUGACCAAGUUGAAAGUGGCCAAGAACGCCAUCAUACGGACACAGCCGAUGAAGGCCGAGCCCGAGGACUUCAGCGACAGGGACAGCGAUAUGUCCGACGACGAAGAAAGCACAGUGAAGAGAAUGUUUACUUCCAAGCCCCGCCCGAUCGCAGGACGAGCGCUGAAAUCGUCGUCAUUCACUAGAGUUAAGACUGAGAAACCUAAACCCACCCCAGUGAAGCAGUACACCAACACGAGCAAGAACAAAUCCCUUCUCAAACCGAAAGCGGAGCACCCGGAGAUCAUCAACGAGGAAGAGUUCCUGGAGGACGACGACUUUGACCUUGACGAGGAUGUCGGCGAAGAAUGGCGACACGACGACGAGGACGUGACGGCAACGAAGUCGCAGCCGAUCCGUCGGCCCGAGCGGAUGGACGAGGAGAUACCGAGCGACGACGACAGCCACUCUGAGGACGACAGCUUGUACGACGUGAUGCCAUCUUCAGAUUCCGAGGACAUGGACGAUUGGUUUUCGCUGGACAUCCGAGCCGAGCGCGCGGGCGACUAUUUACCUUGGCUGGGUGACAAAGCGCACAAACUCCUAACCGAGGAGAAGCACCGCGUGUCGUCCCGCCUCGCCGCCCUGCGCCAGAGCGUGACAGCACUACAGAGCAGCGGCCGCGUGCAAACCGACCAGAUCAAGGUCGCCACCGAGGCGCUGCACGAGCUCGACGCUAUGUUAGCUGCCUCCUGAUUUAUGUCAGCCUGGUACUUCGAUAGUAAAAUAUCUCUU